AUGAAGUGGCUUUCUAUCGCGCUCGCGCUCGCGGGCCCGUCGCAGGCGGCGCUGCGGUUCGGGUGCUCGACGCUGACGAUCCAGCGGCUCGACCCGCUGGUCGAGCCGGGCAGCGUGCCGUCGGCGCAUCUGCACCAGAUCGUGGGCGGCAACGCCUUCAACGCCAGCAUGACGGGCGACAUUGGCGAGCAGGGGACCUGCACGACGUGCACGUUCAGCGAGGACUUUUCCAACUACUGGACGGCCGUCAUGUUCUUCAAGCACUCCAACGGGUCGUACAAGCGCGUGCCCAUCAUGCAGAACACGGCCCUGCCCAACGGCAUCAACGGCGGCAUGACCGUCUACUACACGCAGCUCGACUUUAACGGGAAUGGCAAGGACAAGAUCACGUCGUUCAAGCCCGGCUUCCGCAUGACCGUCGGCAGCCCGACGGCAAACUCCAACACGUGGAAGGGCCUCAAGUUCGUCUGCCUGGCGGACAAGGGCACGCGCUUCCCGGAGCUGGACGACUUCCCGACCAAGUCGUGCAAGGGCGGCAUAAUGACGGUGCACCACUUCCCCAGCUGCUGGGACGGCAAGAACCUCGACUCACCGGACCACCAGUCGCACAUGUACAACACUGUCAAGGACGCGUUCACGCCGUCAGGGCCGUGCCCGGCGUCGCACCCGGUCAAGAUGCCACAAGUCGCCUACGAGACGCUGUGGGACACGACGCAGUUCAACGGCAUGUGGCCGGCGGACGGGUCGAACCCGUUCGUGCUGAGCUUCGGCGACGGCAAGGGCUACGGCACGCACGCCGAUUAUUUGUUUGGCUGGAAGGGCGACUCGCUGCAGCGCGCCAUGGACUCGAGCUGCAUGUUCCAGGGCUGCGAGAACGGCAAGCCGCUCAAGUCGCAGGCCGUCGCGCCCAUGAACAAGUGCGCCGUCAAGAGCCUGGUCAAGGAGGACAUUGAUGGCUGGCUGCCGCACCUCCCCGGCAUGAAGAUGUAA